CAUCGCGAGUGUCCUUGAGCCGCGGGUGACGGUGGCUCUCGUCGCUCGCGCCCCCUCCUCCCGCGGGGGGGAGCCUGAUGCCACGUUCCCUAUGAAUUAUUUAUCGCUGGCCUAAAAAUACCCCGAACUUCACAGCCCGAGUGACCCUCCGGUGGACAUGGGUGGGGCCCUUGGGCCGGCCCUGUUGCUCACCUCGCUCCUUGGGGCCUGGGCAGGGCCAGGCCCAGGGCAGGGCGAGCAGGCUCUGACGGUGGCCGUGGUGUUUGGCAGCUCGGGGCUGCCGCAGGCCCAGGCCCGUAUCCGCCUGACUCCGCAGAGCUUCCUGGACCUGCCCCUGGAGAUCCAGCCGCUCACCGUGGGGGUCAACAACACCAACCCCAGCAGUCUUCUCACCCAGAUCUGCGGGCUCCUGGGCGCUGCCCACGUCCACGGCAUCGUCUUUGAGGACAACGUGGGCACAGAGGCCGUGGCCCAGAUCCUCGACUUCAUCUCCUCCCAGACCCACGUGCCUAUCCUCAGCAUCAGUGGGGGCUCUGCUGUGGUCCUCACCCCCAAGGAACCGGGCUCCGCCUUCCUGCAGCUGGGCGUGUCCCUGGAGCAGCAGCUGCAGGUGCUGUUCAAGGUGCUGGAGGAGUACGACUGGAGCGCGUUCGCCGUCAUCACCAGCCUGCACCCGGGCCACGCGCUCUUCCUCGAGGGCGUGCGUGCCGUCGCCGACGCCAGCUACCUGGGCUGGCGGCUGCUGGACGUGCUUACGCUGGAGCUGGGCCCCGGCGGGACCCGCGCGCGCACCCAGCGCCUGUUGCGCCAGAUCGACGCCCCGGUGUUGGUGGCCUACUGCUCACGCGAGGAGGCCGAGGUGCUCUUCGCUGAGGCGGCACAGGCCGGCCUGGUGGGGCCCGGGCACGUGUGGCUGGUGCCCAACCUGGCUCUGGGCAGUACCGACGCGCCCCCCGCCGUCUUCCCCGUGGGCCUCAUCAGCGUCGUCACCGAGAGCUGGCGCCUCAGCCUGCGCCAGAAGGUCCGCGACGGCGUGGCCAUCCUGGCCCUGGGCGCCCACAGCUACCGGCGCCAGCACGGCGCCCUUCCCGCCCCGGCUGGGGACUGCCGCAGCCACCCCGGGCCCGUCAGCCCUGCCCGGGAGGCCUUCUACAGGCACCUACUCAAUGUCACCUGGGAGGGCCGGGACUUCUCCUUCAGCCCUGGUGGGUACCUGGUCCAGCCCACCAUGGUGGUGAUCGCCCUCAACCGGCACCGCCUCUGGGAGAUGGUGGGGCGCUGGGACCAUGGCAUUCUCCACAUGAAGUAUCCGGUGUGGCCUCGCUACAGCGCCUCCCUGCAGCCCGUGGUGGACAGCCGGCACCUGACGGUGGCCACGCUGGAAGAGCGACCUUUUGUCAUCGUGGAGAGCCCUGAUCCUGGCACUGGCGGCUGCGUGCCCAACACGGUGCCCUGCCGCCGGCAAAGCAAUCACACCUUCAGCAGCGGUGACGCGGCGCCCUACACCAAGCUUUGCUGUAAGGGCUUCUGCAUUGACAUCCUCAAGAAGCUGGCCAAGGUGGUCAAGUUCUCCUACGACCUGUACCUGGUGACCAACGGCAAGCACGGCAAGAGGGUGAGCGGCGUGUGGAACGGCAUGAUCGGGGAGGUCUACUACAAGCGGGCGGACAUGGCCAUUGGCUCCCUCACCAUCAACGAGGAGCGCUCCGAGAUCGUGGACUUCUCGGUGCCCUUCGUGGAGACGGGCAUCAGCGUGAUGGUGGCACGCAGCAACGGCACCGUCUCCCCCUCGGCCUUCCUGGAGCCCUACAGCCCCGCCGUGUGGGUGAUGAUGUUUGUCAUGUGUCUCACCGUGGUGGCCAUCACCGUCUUCACGUUUGAGUACUUCAGCCCCGUCAGCUACAAUCGGAACCUCACCAGUGGCAAGAAGUCCGGAGGCCCGUCCUUCACCAUUGGCAAGUCCGUGUGGCUGCUGUGGGCUCUGGUCUUCAACAACUCGGUGCCCAUCGAGAACCCCCGGGGCACCACUAGCAAGAUCAUGGUCCUGGUCUGGGCCUUCUUCGCCGUCAUCUUCCUCGCCAGCUACACCGCCAACCUGGCCGCCUUCAUGAUCCAGGAGCAGUACAUCGACACCGUGUCUGGCCUCAGUGACAAGAAGUUUCAGCGGCCGCAAGAUCAGUACCCACCCUUCCGCUUUGGCACAGUGCCCAAUGGCAGCACGGAGCGGAACAUCCGCAGCAACUACCGUGACAUGCACACCCACAUGGUCAAGUUCAACCAGCGCUCGGUGGAGGACGCGCUUACCAGCCUCAAGAUGGGGAAGCUGGAUGCCUUCAUCUACGACGCCGCUGUCCUCAACUACAUGGCGGGCAAGGAUGAGGGCUGCAAGCUGGUCACCAUUGGCUCCGGCAAGGUCUUUGCCACCACCGGCUAUGGCAUCGCCAUGCAGAAGGACUCCCACUGGAAGCGGGCCAUAGACCUGGCGCUCCUGCAGUUCCUGGGGGACGGGGAGACCCAGAAGCUAGAGACGGUGUGGCUCUCGGGGAUCUGCCAGAACGAGAAGAACGAGGUGAUGAGCAGCAAGCUGGACAUCGACAACAUGGCAGGCGUCUUCUACAUGCCUGUAGCCAUGGGGCUGGCCCUGCUGGUCUUCGCCUGGGAGCACCUGGUGUACUGGAAGCUGCGCCACUCGGUGCCCAACACAUCCCGGCUGGACUUCCUGCUGGCUUUCAGCAGGGGCAUCUACAGCUGCUUCAGCGGCGUGCAGAGCCUGGCCAGCCCCGCGCGGCCGCCCAGCCCGGACGUGACGGCCAGCUCAGCCCAGGCCAGCGUGCUCAAGAUGCUGCAGGCGGCACGCGACAUGGUGACCUCAGCGGGCGUGAGCAGCUCCCUGGACCGCGCCACGCGCACCAUCGAGAGCUGGGGCGGCGGCGGCGGCGGCGGCCGCCGUGCGCCCCCGUCGCCCGCCUGCCCCGGCCCGCGGCCACCCACCCCCAGUCCUGCCCGCGAGCCGAGCCCCACGGGUCGGGGGCCACCAGGCGGGAGUCGCGCCGCGCUGGGGCGCAGGGUCCCGCAGCCCCCGGGCGGCCCCCCGACGUCCGAGCCCUCCCUCCCCGACGUCUCGCGGGCGUCGGGCUGGCGGGCCCGGGAGGCGCGGUGGCCAGUGCGGGCCGGAGCGGGCCGGCGCUUCUCGGCCUCCGAGCGGCGCGCGCUCCCGGAGCGCCCCCUGUCGCCGGAUCGCUGCCACUACAGCUCCUUCCCUCGAGCCGACCGGUCGGGGCGCCCCUUCCUCCCACUCUUCCCGGAGCCCCCGGAGCCCGAGAACCUGCCGUUGCUCGGGCCGGAGCAGCUGGCCCGGCGGGAGGCCCUCCUGCGCGCGGCCUGGGCCCGGGUGCGCCCGCGCCACGCUUCCCUGCCCAGCUCGGUGGCCGAGACCUUCGCCCGGCCCAGCUCGGGGCCCCGCUGUGCCCGCCAGGCCUGCGGGCGCUUGACGCAGGCGCAGUCGAUGCGGCUGCCGUCCUACCGCGAGGCCUGCCAGGAGGCGGUGUGGGCAGGGGCCCUCGCCUGGCCGCACGGACCGCACGCCUGCCUCCACGCCCAUGCCCACCUGCCACUUUGCUGGGGCGCUGUCUGCCCUCACCUCCCACCCUGUGUCAGCCACGGCCCCUGGCUCCCUGCAGCUUGGCGGCCUCCGGGGCACAGGGACAGGACCCUAGGGCUGAGCACAGGCUACAGGGACAGUGGGGGGCUGGAAGAGGUCAGCAGGGUGGCCUGUGGGGUGCACGGCUUCCCCCGACCUUGCGCCUGGAGGCGGAUCUCCAGCUUGGAGUCAGAAGUGUGAGGAAGGAGUCAGCUACUUUGGUUCCUGGGCAGCUGGAGUCUCCGCGUGGCCCUGCCAGCUUUCAGGGUCAGAUAGGCUCAGGCUUUUAUGGCUUCUGCCAUGAAAUUCUGGCCAUUAGAGACCCAGUGACAGAUGAUGUCUUCAUGGUCAUUUUGGCGACCUCAGUAGCCUCAGGUACUGCUGUGGGCUGGGCUUUUGCUAUCUUCUUAUGCAAAACCCUUCCCAACUGGCCUGGAGUCACUGGGUGCAGUGGAGGCUCCCUGCCUGCUGGGAGCUGGUCCCCAGUCAUGGCUGCUGGGGCUUUGGUGUGAGAGCACAGAGGCUGGAACUUGGCGUUGGGGCCGGGGCUGGGCCAUCCUGCUCCUUGCUCCACCUGCCUGGAGUUUCUUGUCCUCAGAAUGCUGGGACAUUAAACAAACCUUUUACAACUCCCUGA